GGCGUACCACAGUCCGUACAAAGCCCCCCCGCACAUCAACGCUCCCCCGGACCAGGGCUUUCUGUGGAAUAUCUUCCAGAGGGUCGACAAGGACCGGAGUGGCGUGAUAUCAGACUCAGAGCUUCAGCAGGCCUUAUCGAAUGUGUUCUUCUUCUCUGCAUCCUCCCACACUCACUCCUCUUCAUUUCUGGUCCUGAACUGUCGGGCCUCUCUGUAAUAAAGUGAGUGGUGAGUCAGCAAGGAUCCAGGGACCCUGAUAAAUCUCAGCGUCUUGAGAGUUGAGAGUGUGAAGCAGGCUAUAAAGCAUAAACACCCUGCUGAACUCAAGCCCCAUCAGUCUUUUUCUGACCAUAUAAAUGACAGGCACAUGGACUCCUUUCAACCCAGUGACGGUGCGCUCCAUCAUAUCCAUGUUCGACAGGGAAAAUAAAGGCGGGGUGAACUUCAACGAGUUCGCCGGCGUGUGGAAGUACAUCACAGACUGGCAGAACAUCUUCAGGACCUACGACAGGGACAACUCUGGCUUUAUCGACAAGAACGAGCUCAGACAGGCGCUGACUGGAUUCGGCUAUCGUUUAUCAGAUCAGUUCUACGGCACGCUGAUAGACAAGUUCGACCGCCAGAGGAAGGGACAGGUUGCCUUUGAUGACUUCAUCCAGUGCUGCAUUGUACUACAGAGGUUGACUGACGUGUUCAGGCGGUACGACACAGACCAGGAUGGCUGGAUCCAGGUUUCAUAUGAACAGUAUCUAUCCAUGGUCUUCAAUAUAGUAUAACGCACACGGAUCACAAGAGAAGAGCACAACUGGACACAACUGUGCCAAAGCUACCGGCACCUCCCGGAUGUCUGCCGCGGUGGACACUACAAGAUUUUUUUAAAAACCUAAUUUUUAACCCCAGUUGAGCUGUCACACACACAUUUAUAAAUUAAUACGACUCAAAGAAACCUUCGGUUGUUUGAGUUUGCUCUACCCUUCAGACGACAGUAUCUGGAGGUACAACUACAAAGCUUGAUGUAUUUAAAAAAAAAAAUCUUGUAGUGUUGUGUUCAAUGACCAAUCUGAGCUAAGUCUGUGUUGGGGUUGGGGAAUAUUAUGGACACAUCCUGUCUUUAUGUCAGUCAGUUCGUCUGUUAUUGUUGACAAACUUUUUAAUGUCUUAACUUUAAUUGAUACAAUUAAAAAAUAACUCUGUCGAGAGUAAAAAUGAUGCAUUGUAAAUAUGAUUUAAGAUGCUUUGCAUGCUUUUCAGGGAAAUUUAGCCCCAUGUUGAAGCAUGCUUUCCCUUUCUCUUGUCUUUUCCUCAGCCCUAUUUUGCUCAAAGCCAUGUUUACAGAAACGGUGAAAGCAGGUCAUGUUCUGCUUUGAGAUUCACUGACAUGCCAGCUUACAUGCCAUAUUUGUACAAACUUAUUUUUAACAGCAAAUCUUCAAAUGUUAGGACAUAUACUUUUUGGUAGAUGGUAAGCAUAAUGCCUUUAAGUAUGGCUUAUUUUUUUGUGCAUGAUGCCUUAAAAUGUGUAAAAACAACACGAAAAGAGAAAUCUUUUAUUAAAAAAACUGAAAAUGUGA